CUUCUCUAAACCUUUCUAAUUAUCCAGAUCUAGGAAUGUCUUUCCAAACUCUUGCCAGAAAUGUAUUCCCUUAAUACUGUCAUCAUACCAGCAUACAUUACAGUCAUUCUUCCUGCUCAGCCUAACAUUCUUCUCCUUGCUGGCUAGUAGGAUUAACAGUAAUAGCCCUCUGUGUCUCUGGCUUAGUAAUUUAGGUGCUCAUCCUCACUCAUAACCUUUAUUAGAAUGAGUUUUUUUUACCUAAAAUACUCUGUGAUUCAAUUCAAAACCUAGGAGAUAAAAUGGGUUGGAUUGGCUUGAGUUAAGGCAAGUUUGAUUUACACUCACAGGUGUCUAUUGGCGAAACAGGAAUCGGACAUAUCAGCUAUGUGCAGUCUAUGAAGAGGAAAAUAUGAAGUGAUUGUGAGUAAUAAUUGCUUAGUCCACUAUAUUUCCUAGUAUCUUUGUCAAAGUUGUAGUAUGUCUGCAAACAUGCUUAUUUUUUAAGUUCUCAUGAUAAGAAUGAUGGUGUACUCAAGGAGUAUUUAAAAAACACUAGAAAUGGCUCUAAGUCCCACAUUCUUAAUUAACUGCUGAAGCAAUUACUACAGGUUGCUAUGAAGUUAGCAAAACAUUGUUACAUCUGAGGCAGCACUGCCAUCAUAAUUAGUAGACUAGUGAAGUUCUAGAUGAGAAUUCCUGUCACUACAGGCAGUGAUGGCUUCAGGCAAAGACACUUGUCCGAUCUUACCUAAACUCCCCAACAACUGUUGUGAUGAGAAUUCAGAUAAGCCUGCUAAUAAGUGUUGUGAGAUUCAUUUGCCACGGUUUUCCUUAAAGCAAGGGAUGAUCCCAAGAAGUUAUGUAAUGCCUUGGAAACAGAACAUGGAAUUCAGGAAUGUGAAUCUGAAGCACGCAGAAGCAUGUGGGAUCCAUGCUGGCCCUUUGGAAGACACUCUGUUUUUGGAUCACAGUGAAAGGCUUUGCCAUGGGGAAGAUCGUAAAGUUGUCUUGAAGAAAGGCCCGCCAGAAAUAAAAAUUGUAGAUAUGCCUCUGCAUUCACCUCUCUCCAAGUACCAAAGCACUGUGAUUUCCCACGGCUUCAGGAGGCGACUGAUCUGAUCAAAGAAUAAAAUAAUCAAGUAGUUCAGUC